UAGGUCUCUCUUAUUGCUCAUGGAAAGCAAAGAGCCAAGAUUUCACACUGCAGAAGUCAGAGAAAUAGCUGGAUGUUGACGGGCCUUUUGGAUUUAAGAUAUUUGGAUGGAACAGAUCAAGUUAUCGGCAAGAACAGGUGACUUUGCCAUCAAGAACAAGAGCUGCCAUGGAUAUUGGUUUUGUGGUCCUUGAGAGCAUCCUAGCCAUGGCCAUCAUCACAAUCAACUUGCUGGUGUGUCUCACCAUCUACCUGCACAAGGAACUACGAUGUAUCACCAACUAUCUGAUUGUCUCCUUGGCGGUGGCUGACCUGGGCGUGGGCGCCCUAGCCAUCCCCUUCUCCAUGGUGCUCAGCAUGGAGUAUACCUUGUAUUUCUACACUUGUCUCUUCCUCACCUGCUUCCCACUGGUCACCACCCAGUUCUCCAUCCUCCUCUUGUUGGUGAUAGCCAUCCAUACUCACUUGAAGCUCAAGUUUUCCAACAGCUACCCCCUGCACGUGAAGAAGCGCUGGGUGAUGAUCGUCGUGGCCUUCUGCUGGUUGCUGUCCCUCUUGAUUGGCCUCUCCCCGAUGAUGGGAUGGAACCGAUUUCAGCAAUACGGAGAGACCAGAAACAAGACGACGGCCAUCAGCUUCCAGAAAGCCGUCUUCGUUUUUGUCAUCCAGGAUAAACCGCCCAGAGACCUUCUCUCUCAAGCCUAUCGCGAUCCAAAGAAUCUGAGCUACGGUCACGGCCAAAUCGAGCAUCUGGGCCGCUGUUCUUUCACCUCCAUCUUUAGCCCCGAGUUUCUGGUUUAUUUCAUUUUCUUAAUCUGCACCUUGCUGCCCUUGGCGGCCAUGCUGGGUAUCUACGCUGACAUCUUCCGUGUCGUCCGAGAGCAUUUCCGGUCGCGGCCCCUGUGGCCAGCCAAGAGGAAGGAAAUGCAGAUGGCUUGCACCCUUCUGCUCCUAGUGGGCGUCUUCUUCCUCUGCUGGAUGCCGCUGCACCUGAUCUACUUCAUCCAGCUGCUGUGUCCCAGCUGUGAACAGUACGAGUCUCUGGAACAUCUGGCUGUCUUGCUCUCUCAUCUGAACUCUUUGGCCAACCCGCUGGUCUAUGCUUUGAGGAAGAAGAAUGUAGGGCUGGCCCUCCGGUCUGUCUUCCUCUAUCGAGUCUUGCGCUGGCCUUCCGUGAAGACCUGUUGUGGUCCGAGUCCCAAAGUCCAUCCUCAGGCCGAGGUGAGAAAGCACCAUUCCUGAAUAACUUUUAACGGAUGAAAAUAACAAUUAUGUGAACUCCUUGCAGUGGCUCCACGGUGAAACAGGAAGAAAGAUACUGUUUGCCUGAAAGAAGCUGAGACGCCCAGAAAAAAAGCCAAUUUGAUCUAGUGGUGAAGCUGUUGACCUAGAAACCAGGAGUCUGUGAGUUCUAGUCCGGCCUUAGGCAUCAAAUAGCAAAAGCUCUUAGACUUACCGCUUCACAUUGCUUGACAGCCCUCUCUAAGCACUUUUCAGAGUCAGCAUCUUGCCCCCCCCAGCAAUCUGGGUCCUCAUUUUACCGACCUCGGAAGGAUAGGAGUCAAAGCCAGCUGGGUAACUUUGGGCCAAUUACCAGGAAGCUGUGAGUUCUAGUCCUGCCUUAGGAAUGAAAACUGGCUGGGUGACUUUGUACCCAUUGCUCUCUCUCAGACCAAUCUUCCUCACAGGGUUUUUUUUGUGGGGAAGUUAGGAAGACGAAGGGCUAUUAUGCAUGUCUGCCGCUUUGAGUUACUUAUAGUAACUUAAAGGCAGGAUAAAAAUCUCAUAAAUAAAUGUUGUUGUUGUUAGUUGCGAA